UACAAAAUAUUGUAAAAGGGGCUACGCCGAGUCAAUUGAAUUCAAAAAAUUAUUAAGAAUUAAAUAGAAAUGGAUAAUUUUAGUUUCGGAAGUUCAGAUAUCACAAGGGGUCAAGUGUUUCAAGCAUUGAUACGAAUAUCAUUUGCCUCGCUUGUUACAUAUUAUUCCGUAAAAUGGAUGAUGAACCAAUUGGACCCUACGAGUAAAAAUAAGAAAAAAGCAAAAUUGCUUGCAGAAGAACAGUUGAAAAGAUUGAGUAAAGAAGACGGAUUAAAACUAACUACUCAGGAAUUUAGUGAUUAUGAAUUAAUGAUUGCAUCACACCUAGUCGUUCCAGCUGACAUCAAGGUUCAGUGGAGCGAUAUCGCCGGACUUGACUUGGUUAUUCAGGAGCUUAGGGAGUCUGUCGUCCUGCCUGUACAACAUAAAGAUUUGUUUAAGAGUUCUAAACUUUGGCAAGCUCCUAAGGGUGUGUUGCUCCAUGGACCACCCGGCUGCGGAAAGACUUUGAUUGCUAAGGCAACUGCCAAGGAAGCCGGCAUGAGGUUUAUAAAUUUAGACGUGGCCAUUCUGACCGAUAAAUGGUAUGGCGAAUCACAAAAGCUAGCUUCCGCAGUGUUUUCACUGGCCGCCAAAAUUCAACCGUGCAUAAUUUUUAUAGACGAAAUUGAUUCGUUCCUGCGUGCUCGGAACUCUACUGAUCACGAGGCAACAGCUAUGAUGAAAACUCAGUUUAUGAUGUUAUGGGACGGUUUAAGCACAGAUUCCAAGUCCUCGGUUAUUGUAAUGGGUGCGACUAAUCGGCCACAGGAUCUGGAUAAAGCUAUCGUACGCCGAAUGCCAGCACAGUUCCACAUUGGUCUUCCAACAGAAUUGCAGAGAAAAGAAAUUUUAAAACUAAUUCUAGAAUCUGAGGAAAUCAGCGAGGACGUUGACCUUAAUCGUUUGGCAAAAUUAACCAACGGCUAUUCUGGAUCAGAUCUUCGAGAAAUGUGCCGUAACGCUUCAGUACACAGAAUGAGACAGUUUAUGCGAGUUAACGACAAUAUAUUGCAGUCUUCAAAUUCUAAUGCAAAUAUUAACAAAAAAGAGAUUUCUAUGACAAUGGAUGAUCUAUUGAGUUCACAUAUGAAAAUAAGGGAAUCUAAAAUGCACACGGGAAAUCUAUUAUUGGAUAAUAGAAUUGAGCUAGAUUAAGAAAUCAACUGUCAAUGAAAUUGGCUAAUUACAGACGCAUUGUAUGUAUAUAAUAGUCAAUAAAAAAACAAAAAUUGCCCACAUAUUCAAUAUUAUAACCCUGUACUUCAACUAAACAUUAUAAAUAUACAUAUUUCAUAAUUACAAACAUA